ACAGAUCCGAUUUUUGACAUAUAUUAGUGAUGUCAGGCAGAGUAUGUUAGACCAAAUUCACAAAUAAUAAAAUUUACGUGAAACAAAUUUAAUGUCAGCAUGAGUCUUAUACCAGAUGCUCCUAUUCGUGAAACAACAUCUUACUUUUGGAGCUGCCUCACUUUACAAGAUGAUUGUCCAUUCUUUUCAUCAGCUGAUCCAAACUUGUACUACUUUGCGAUUACCCUGGUGAGCCUUUACACAGGCUUUUUGCUAAUGAUUCUUGCUGACUUAAAAUUUUACUGGUCCGUGGAUCAUUUUCAACGACAAAUUGAUUAUUACGUAAAUCUGGUGCGAAAAAAAGUGAGGCAUGUCCAGUUGGAUCAAAGAAGAUUGAUGUCCACACAAGAGAGAACUGAGAAGCAGUUGAAGAGAAGUGAGGAAUGCAAGCAUAUGGUGACCGGCAUCAGAGGAGCUCUGGAGACUGAUGAUCCGCAACAACUAAACGCUUUAACAGCAUAUUUCGUUGAGACAAGACCUCCUAACAGGAGCACCUGGAACGCAACGAGACGAUGUCCUCAGACCGAUUCAACCGAUUGGUUCGCCUAAAAUUGUUUGUGACAUAAUAUUAAAUACUAAAAACUACCUUCGGAAAUGAAGCAAUUAAGAAGAAGCUAAGCUGCGAGAUUGCAUCAGACAAACUUCUUGUUCUCCUACUGCAAACUAUCUUCAUUACGCUACAUUCGUGUAUCUGCUAUCUAAAUCGUAUGGUAACAUUGUUUUGUGCCCACAUUCACGUUGCACAUAUCCCGUUACCCAAACUAGAUUUUGUCCUAUACAGCAAAACAUUUGGCUCCGCUCCAAUGGGUUCCUUUACCAUUCUAAAAUUAUUUAUUUCCAAAAAAAACAAUAAAAAUAAGUAAAACAAAUAAUUAAAUGUUUUAGUACAUUUAUUUCACACAAACACACGAACUGUCAUACAUCUCUAAUAAAUAACCCUAACUUACCUAUUUGUUAAUUUUAUACAAAGCUUUGGUUACAGUAGUUACUUCCAAACAAUACAGUAGUUACUAAGAUUAAUCUUAAAUACAAACAUACACUACAAUGUUAUACUACAAUUACUUUGGUGUUACUCGGUGGCCUUAAUGUCGGCAAAGAACAAUGAACAAAAAUGGUAUCAACGAAAACUUAACAUAAAAUUAACAAACACAGCCAUGAUCAAAAUUUAACAAUAAUAUCACAAUCAAAACUUAACAACAAUUCAACGCUUAAAACUAUGUAACAUUAACAAUAUUUAAUCGUUCAACAAAAUUAUACCAAAUGGUAAAAACAAUAAGUGCGUAAUGACAAUUUUAUCCCCGUUCAUGUGUUUUGUACUCAGUCACUUUGGAAACUAUUGGUUGAUGGGGUUUAAUUUAAUUAUGAGCUUAACAGUGCAAUUUAUUUUCAGCGGCACGUGUAUCGAAAUAUCCAAAUUAACAACGUGGAGUGUGCUUGUAAUAAAGUAUACCAUAACAAAACGAUAUUAAGGGGACAAAAUAGUCACUAGGCUUAAGUAUUCAACAGAUUCGUACAAUAAUAUUGAAAUUCCAGCAAUAUUUAUACGUCACUGUGAUAAAAAACAAUGCGUCCAAAUAGGAUUCGAACCUCAUUGGUCAGAACCCUAUAAGAAGGCAAAAACACGAAACAACAAAAAUGAAACAAUAUUAGGCACAUUACGGUAAUAAGGCACGAUGUGAUUGUUUCAAAACAAGGCAAACUUAAUAAUUAAUAGGAGGAGAGGACGUGAAGCUACUUGAAGAGAGCACCUUGCAGAAAACAAACGGAAAAUAAACUGGAAAUUGACAGUGUACAAGUUUGAAAUUAAUAAAAUGUUUCAACUAAAUUAAUAAGCAGAAGAUCUAACAGUCAAAGAAUUCAGUCAAAAAAAUCAGUCAGAAGACCAUACAGUCAAAAAAUUCAGUCGAAAAGAAAUUAAAAACAAAACAAAAACUGAACUUGAAAUUAACAGCGAAAUCAACAAUAAGACCAACAUAACAAUUAAACAAAAACUCAACAAGAAAUUCCUUAACAGAAUUACUGAGGCUUCAGGUUUCAUCGUUAACAAGAAUUAAUAACAGAGAAAUCAAACUUUAACAAUUUUUACAAUGGAAAGUGUCAAAAGAUAUUCUUUCAACUGAUUAUUGUGGUAAGUACUGUGAGUCAUACCAGAUUGAUUACAACAAAAACUUUGUGAAAUUCGUAGUUUAAUUUUGGAUCGAAAGCAACAUUAACAAGACUUUUGAUAACGCGAAAUCGCUACGAAUUCAAUUUUUAACGGAUAUCAGAAGAUUAACAAAAACAGAUGAUAGUAAAAACAAAACAAAAACUUAACUUGAAAGUAACAGUCAAUUCAACAAGGUUAGCAUUAACAAAUUAGAACACAAAAAUUAAAAGUAAGAUAAUGAUUAAGGCGGAAAACGACUAUUAAAGAUGGACAUCAUAGUUAUUACUGAGAAAGAAAUCAAACUGCAACUUAGGUGCAUAAGAUUGGAAUGAAAAUUAAUAAGAUAUUAGCGGUCUAUUUCUUAAUAGGUAACCUAAACGCGAUGAGGUUAGAAAAAACAUUGAUAGGAAUGCGACCCAAUUCCCGGAAUAGUCAAAUGACAUUAUUGAUCUACUAAGUGAGUUGUUGUUGAGGGAGUAUCACAUUCUCAUCAAUUAAAUUUUCGAAACCCUCUUUAUCUUGCUAGAUGGACAUGGUCAGAAAGUAACAAACAAAACAAAAACAUAAUAUGAAUUUAACAGACAAAUCAAUAGUAUAACUGGCAACGAAAACUUAACAAAUCUGAAAUUAAUGAACAUGAUUGUUUUAUUGUUAUUGGCAUUGAAUCAAUGUUCAAUUGUUCCUAACUGCGGAUGACAUUUUCAUAUCUGUACACAGCAAUAUCUGUCUUGCAGCAGAUCUGUCUUUAGUUGUAUAACACUUUAUUUUAUUGCAAAGAAAGUGAUAAAUUAAAUUGAAACAAGUUAGCGUAAACGAAAUUGUGGUGCACGCUAAUUACUAGAACAACUUUGUCGAGUAUAAAAAUAAGUUUAUUAUACGAAUAAUAUUUACAUUAUAGGAAUAAACGUAUUCUAAUAAAACUUUAACAGUAGCAACAGUUAAAAGAACAAUGUUAUAAGUUCUUAAGUGUUAUGAUGUCAGUAAGUGUGAUGAUAAUAGUGUUCCCUAUUUAUAGCGUACACCCAAAUUCACUUUCGCUAGAUAAACAUUUUAGGUGAAGACUUUAAAAUGUACCAAAAUACAUUUUUAAAUUAACCAAUGAGUUGGAUUUAAACACCACUGAAGCUGCAAGACAGACGUAUACGGAAAAAUGGUUGUUAUAACAAAAUGCAAACUUAACUUGAAAUCAACAACAGUUUAACAAAAACAAACAACGUUAUUACUCAAACAAAAAAUCAACGCUAACAAUUAAUCGAACACUGCACUGUAACUGAACUUUCAUGACAGGUACUUGAGCAUAUUUUAACAAGAAACUUUGCUGCUUUGGUCUUUAGUCUUCGAAAAUGAAUCGUAACAGAAAUCGGUUUUAAAACAAAAAUUCAACGGUUUUCAAACAAAAACUUAAAAAUACUACCCAACAAUAACAACGUUUCCAGACCAGCUGGUUUGUUGCUAAUUAAAACAAAAAAUCAACAUAGUUAUUUACAAAAACAA